GCCUAUUCUCCACCGGUUCCCAUGCCAGUGAAGCUGAAUGCUAUUUGAAUAUAUCAGUGAAGGCUGCAUCGAUCGAUGGUGGGCUCAACUUGACUCCCUGGUUGUAGGCACCAGACUGCAGUCGGUGGCGGGAAACAUCUCGCGGCACUCGUGUCCUCCGUUCGCCCUUGAUUCAUUCAUCCUCCUGAAGUCGCCGUCCCUGGUCCUGCUGCUGCGCCCGAUCCACAACCAUCUACACACCAUGGAUUUACACGGCCAGAGGGACUAAACUGUCACACUGAGCUAUGCUGGAGGCCAGAUUGCCAGGAUGCGACUGUCGACGGUGCUAUUGCAGGUGACAGCGUUUCUGGGCUUCACCAUCUUGCCAGUAGAAGGCUUUCUGUGCAAAUGGUCUAACGAAGGCUGCAGUUCUGACCGGGAGUGUUGCAGUGAGAGAUGCGAACAGGGUCACCCGGGCACCGACGCCCGUUGCACCAAGAGCGUGCUCCACCAGCGGUGUCUGUACACCUACCAGUGCGAGGACAGACUCAAGUGUGGCUCACACAACAAGUGCUGCUCCAACUACUGGGGGACGUGUCGCAGACCCUCUGACUGUUGUAAUAAGAUGCACUAUUGUUUGGAGGUGGACGGCUUCUACUACAAACGCUGCCUCUCCGGCACAAAUGUUAACAUCAACGCCGCAUCACAGCCACUUGUGUUUUCCCAAUAUGUCUUCACAACUUUUUUCAUAAUUCUUGCACGUUUUACAUCUUCAUGUUUUUGAUUAAAUUUUAAUACCUUUCUUACCGCCUCUGUUACUGCAGAACAUGGUAAUCAAAGUUGUUUGAGUAUUUCACAAGACGUCAGAUCGUCUUUGGAAGUUGCGGAUACAGCGAUGUCUGUGGCCUCAACCCGUGUGGUCUUAUCCAUGAAAUAUGUCAUGCAACACAAGGCAAACUAACACGUCCAAAGCCUCAUGCUUACAUAGAAAACGGGUGUCCACGUUCACUUGGGGUGUGUAAAGCUACUGUUAGACCCAACCUUGGUUUGGUUCUGUAGCGCUACGACAGUCUACCUUUGACUCUAGAAAUUAAGAUAUUGAUACCAUACGCUUCCCAUUAUCACAUAUCGCUCCAGUUGCCAUAACAGACGGCAUUAAAACCCUUUGACUCACACUCACUUGACGGAGUCCGCGCUGUGUGAGCCCCACCACAGCCUUGUGGCCACACACAGAAGUCAUGGGCAAGUCCUACACACAUACUGACACCAAGACACUUAGGUGGGAUAUUGAGGUAUCUACGCAUGUACUUGACUUCUUCCCAUUACAACAGUUAGCUCUUCACUUGCAGAGAUAUGCAGUCAGAUUAUGACAAAAACGGUAAACCUGUUAUGAGUUAUUGAAAAGGGUUAGAUGUGUGUGUGAUUUCUCGAAGUUUUCAACCUUUUUUAUCUUUGAGCACUUUUUGCAUUUUCUUAUUACAUAAAUAUAUAGAUGAUUUCAUAUUAAAUAAAUAAUAAAUGAAUGAAUUCAUA